AUGGACAAUAGCAAGGUAUCAUACGUGAGAAUAGACAAUCUGCCUCCGGGCAAAAGUUGGCGUCAAGUUAAGUAUAUGGUAGGUGGAAUGAUCCACCAUACUUCCAUUUUGCAGGUGAAAAUGCUUCCCCCGGUUCAGUCGAUAGUCCCACCUUUCAUGCCUUUCCAAAGCUGCAUUGUUUCUUUGAAGCGAUCGGAUGGACAGCUGAACCGUCUCCUGAUGGACCUGAAUGGAUAUACCUGGGAGUAUUAUCAACUAAUGGCAUAUGCUGUUCCACCUCUGCAUGCACCGAACAACGCAGCAUUCAUGACAGUUCCCAACACGGGCUUGGAUCAUCUGAGCCCUCCUCCGUCUGCAGCCAGCUCUAGUCCGACUCCCGCACCACCACCAGCCCAGUUAAUGAUGCCAUUUGCUCCUAUGCCUCCAAUGUACUAUCCUGCAGCAGCUCGACCACAGCCACUGUCUCGAGGCACGUACCUGCGGCAACAAAACCAGCAGUACGGUAAAAAAAUGCGCCAGGUGUUUAGUGAAGAGAGCUUUCGCCGACAAAUGAGUGCUAGAGGCAUGCAUCAACUGUUACUAGGAGGGUUUCCACCCUGUUUGCAUUGGGACGUAAAUGGAAAUUAUGAACUGAACACACAAGAGUCAGAUUUGUUUACGAGCCCACCAGCUAUACAUAUCAAGACCGAGCAUCCCGAGUAUUUUGGCAAACUGAAAUGGACAGUUUUAAAAGAUUUCAUAAAGCUUAAGUGCGAGAAACUGUUGGAGAUGGAGACUUUGGGUGUAACAGCAAAUACCAGAGAGUUUUAUGUGGGUGUCUACGAGGACACAGAAGCCGCGGUGGACGUGAAAGUCUUGGGUUCGACAGCCACCAACUCUGGCUCGAGUGAUUCGGAAGGAGCUGAAGGAGCUGAAGAAACUUCAAAGGCCAAUGAUGAGACCACGCAAAUCGAAGGUAGCCCAGACGAAAUAAAUGAUACGGCAGAAAGUUUAGGACAUCUUUCGCUGAAUUCCAGUCAUCGCGUUGUUUCCGCGACUAUCUACAAAGCAAUCGUGGGAUUUCAUUCACGCGAGCUUUGUGACAUGUGUCGGGACAGCCUUCAGGGUCAAGAGUAUUCAUUGGGCUACAAACUGACCGUGACUGAAUUGUCUCCAUUGAUGUGGUAA